AGAGAUUAAGAUAUAAAUACAAUUAGCGAGAGACCUAAAGAUUCCCAAUUUCUUGUGAUCGAUCGUAGAUAGAGAAAGAGAGAGAUAUGGUGAAGGAGACGGUGACGACGGCAAAGACUUGUUCCCACUGUGGUCACAAUGGCCAUAAGGCACGUACUUGUCUAAGCGGUGUUAGUAAGGGAAUAAGCGUUAAACUGUUCGGCGUUAACAUAUCUUCUGAUCCGAUUAGGCCGCCUGAGGUUACGGCGUUAAGGAAGAGUCUCAGUUUGGGAAACCUUGAUGCUCUUCUCGCUAACGAUGAUAGUAACGGUAGCGGUGAUCCAAUCGCCGCCGUUGAAGAUACAGGUUACCACUCCGACGGUCAGAUUCAUUCCAAGAAGUGCAAAACCGCUCAUGACAAGAAAAAGGGGAAGCCAUGGACGGAAGAAGAACAUCGUAAUUUCUUAAUCGGUUUGAACAAACUCGGAAAAGGAGAUUGGAGAGGAAUCGCAAAGAGUUUCGUCACGACAAGAACACCGACACAGGUGGCGAGUCAUGCUCAGAAAUAUUUUAUUAGGUUAAACGUUAACGACAAGAGAAAAAGACGUGCUAGUCUCUUUGACAUCUCUCUCGAAGAUCAGGAGAAAGAGAGAAACUCUCAAGGUGCAUCAACAUCGUCUUCCCAGACUCUAACUAACCAAUUAGUAACCGGAUCUCAACAACCGGUGAUGCAAGGUCAGACUCAAACCGAGAUUUCGAACAGGUUUCAGAAUCUGUCGAUGGAGUUUAUGCCAGUCUACCAAACUGUAACAGGAACACCUUACUACAACUUUGCACCUCUUAUGAUCCAUCCAAUGUACUACGCCAAUCCUGAGCAGAUUAGGUUUGUUCACCCUUCUGGUAUACCUGUACCAAGGCAUGUACCGAUGGGUAUGCCUCAAUCUCAGCCGAAUGAAGCUUCUAAUAUGAUGACAAAGAAAGACGGUUUGGAACUUGGUAUCGGUUUGCCUCCACCUCCACAAGCUACCGGAGCAACUGACAUGACGGGUAAUGGUGUUAUUCCUGUAAAAUGAAAUCACACUUGAACAAAAAAAAACACACAGAAAUUGAGCAUGAUAUAGGUAUAUUUCAUUUUUGGUUGCGAGUUUUUAUUUGAAUAAAUAUCUAUAUUCAGUUAUGUCAUCGGAUUAUGUACAAUUUUUUUUUUUUCAGAUUUAGAUUAAAGA